AUGUUACGCCUUGCGCUCACGGCGUUGGCGCUGCUGCCCUUGUUGGCCCACUCUGCGCCCAACAUCACGCUUCGCCGGACCGACCGAGUGGUGAUCGUCGGAGGCGGGCCCGCCGGCAUCCACUACGCGUCCCUCUUGGCCAAGAAAGGACUUACCAAGAUCACCGUUCUCGAAGCGACUGGCGAUGUGGGGGGCAAAUCUCAAACCCGAAUCGAUGCCUGGGGCAACCCCCAAGAGAUGGGCACUGUGUUUGCCCUCGACUCGUACACGCCCGUGUUUGAUCUCGUCCAAGAGUACGACCCGAAGAACUCCAAGUUCGUGUUUGCGUUCGAGCAGCCUGGCUACAUGGCAACGAUGGGCGACGUCAUUGGGGUGAGGGACAGCGACGCGUCGGUAUCGAUGGACUUCCCCACAUUCUUGCUGCAUUCGAUUGAAGAAAACGCGCCACCCGCCGUGCAGUCCAACGCCACCAAAAGCAACUUGCAGAGUGUAUUCCUCGACCAAGCCAUGCGCUACAUCCGUCUGCACCGCAGCAUCUUUGGGUCGUACGCGUACGGGUUGCCUCCCCAGCCCAAGGACUGGAGCGCCAUCGACAUGACCGCCAUGGACUUUCUCAAGAAGCACAACCUCACGGCGUUGAUUGGGAUGUUCAAGUUUUCCCAGCAGCAACAGGGGUAUGGCGUCCUCGAAACCAUCCCAGCGUUCUACUUUCUCUGGUGGUCGCAUCCGACGGCAGUGGCCAAAAUCCUCCGGUCCCAAGUGUCGUCGCAACCGUGUGCGUACUCGUUGCGAAAGGGUUUCCAGAGCUUGUGGCGGGCGAUGGCCUAUGCACACAGUGACGCAGUCCAAGUCAUCCUGAACGCCCGAGUCACCGAGGUGUCGCGGGGGAUCGAGUCCAACGACGAUGACGAUGACGAUGAUGACGACGAUGACGACUUCGAUGACGACGACGACGAUGACGAGUCGCCGUCGGUCACGUACAUCAACCGAUACGGCCGUUCGGAAACCAUCGAGUGCGAUCACGUGGUCAUGGCCGUGGAUUUGAGCCAGUUUGUGAAUGUAGUGGACGACUUGACACCCGCCGAGCGCGACGUGUUCGUGGGAACCUACACGGCGUCGACGUUUAUCACGACCCUUUACGAGUCCAAGCCAUGCCCCGUGGAGACAGCGGCGCAUGUUUGGCUCAACCGCAUGAACAACGACGGCCGGUUGAGUUCGCUGCGCAACUCGAAGCUGACACUGGCCACCAAAGCGAAUGCGUCCAACUGGGGGGAUCUCAUCCUCGGGCGUCAGGUGCGCGUGGCGUACCAGUUCUACGACCGCCCCCUCCAAAACGUGAAUCGAGGGGACGCCCGGGACUUGCUGAUGAACGACCUCGCCCUCGCCGGCAUGACUGACGUCGCGCUGUGGACGCAAUCGCAUUUCAACUACUUUCCUCGGUUCACCCCCGACGGGCUCAAGAAAGGGCUGCUGUGGAAGAUCUGGGACAUGCAGGGGGAUUCCAAGACAACGUGGAUUGGGAGCAGCGUGAGCUUUGAAAGUGCUCUGGACGUUGUCACGUACAACAACAACCUCAUCCAGCGGGUGCACGUCGUCUAA